UCUCUGCCGGUGGAAAGAUACGGGUCCCAUCAGACGUAGUGUGACCGACAUCCGUUGUGGAAAAAAGCGGCCGUUAUUUAUUUAUCGUCCUUUUUCGUGAGUUCGUGUUUUAUUUAACGGCACCGCGUGUUUGUCGACGAACAUCCGAAUAUGAGUUCCAUCAACGUUAAAAAGCUGAAAGUACAAGAGCUGAAGGACGAACUGAAGAGGCGUAACCUGUCGGAUAAGGGUCUGAAGGCCGAGCUAAUGGACCGCCUGCAGGCCGCGCUCAAUGAGGAGAUCCUGGCCGGAGAUUCUCCGCAAGGCCAGGAGGCAGUGGACGAGGGCUUUGGCCAGACUGCCGACCAGGAGGGCAUGGGUGAAGGCGAGGGUGAUGGUGAGCCCGAAGAAGGCCCGAUUGAAGAAAGCAUGGAGGCCAACGAGGAGGAGGAAGAAGAAGAGAAUGGAGAUGGCGGUGAUGGCGUUGCGGAGGACGAAGAGAUGGGCGAGGGUGACGACGAUGACGACGAUGAGGAGAUGGACCCGCUGUUGAAGGGAGACGCGGACGACUUGGAGAAAAUAGACACGGAGGACGGUGAGACGGGAGACCAAGCUGCUGAGGGGGAUGCGGACAAAGACACGAAUGCUGAUCAGAAGAAUAAGAAGGGUGUUAAGAGACGCCGGGAGGAACAUGGAAGGGGCUACUUUGAAUUUAUUGAAGAGAACAAAUACAGCUGGGCCUCAUUCAAGUCUCCUGUGCCACCCUUGGAAGAGGCGGAUGAAGAAUUUGAUGACACAAAAGUCUGCUUGGAUACCUAUAACUGUGACCUGCACUUCAAGGUGUCACGGGAUCGUUACAGCGCCUCAUCUCUCACCAUGGAGAGCUUUGCCUAUCUCUGGUCAGGAGGCAGGGCCUCUUAUGGCGUGAACAGUGGCAAAGUCUGCUUUGAGAUGAAGAUAACAGAGAAGAUUCCAGUGAAGCACAUCUCUAGUAAGAACAUGGAAAUCCAUGAGGUCCAGGUGGGCUGGUCCUUGGCUACUGGCAGUCUCCUUCUAGGUGAGGAGGAGUUUUCCUAUGCCUACGCUGGGAAGGGUAGGAAGACCACCAACUGUGUGACAGAAGACUUUGGUGAAACCUAUGAGGAGAACGAUGUCAUCUGCUGCCUUGUUAACUUUGAGGGUGAUGAGGUAGAGAUUUCCUUCUCCAAAAAUGGUGGUGACCCAGCUGCUGCCUUCCAGGUCAGCAAGGACUCUCUGGCCGGCCAGGCUCUCUUCCCCCACGUUAUCUGUCACAACUGUGCUGUAGAGUUCAACUUCGGCCAGAUGGAGGAGCCCUACUUCCCCAAGCCUGAAGGCUACAUCUUCUUGCAGCAGAUCCCUGUUGACGAGCGAGUCCGGGGUCCCAAGGGGCCAGAGACCAAGGCUGACUGUGAGAUGAUCGUGAUGGUGGGCCUUCCGGGCUCAGGGAAGACCACAUGGGUGAAGAACCACGUCCAGGAGAACCCUGGGAAAUACUACAUCCUGGGAAGUGACACCAUUGUGGAGAAGAUGAUGAUUGGCAGAUUGAAGCAGCAAGCAAAAGAAGCUACAAAAUUAACUACAAUUUCCCAGCGCGCACCACUCUUCCUGGGCAAGUUCAUUGAAAUCGCUGCUCGCAAGAAGAGGAACUACAUUCUGGAUCAUACCAACCUGUCAGCCCCAGGCCAGAAGAGGAAGAUGUGUUUGUUUGCAGGCUUCCAGCGUAAAGCAGUUGUUAUCUGCCCUUCAGACGAGGAUUACAAGCAGAGGGCCCAGAAGAAGGCCGAGAGUGAUGGCAAAGAAGUGCCUGAGCAUGCUCUCCUCAAAAUGAAAGGCUUCUUUUCUCUGCCUGAGGACGGCGAGAGCUUCGAUGAGGUCACCUUUACUGAGCUGCAGAAGGAGGAGGCUGCCAAGCUGCUGGAGCAGUACAAGGAGGAAAGUAAGACAGCCCUGCCUGCCGAGAAGAGGCUCAACCAUGGAGGCAUGGCCCAGAAGAAAGGCGGAGGCCAACGCGUAGGCAGCCGGAGUGGAAAGAACCAGUUCAACCGUGGCGGAGGACCUGGACAGCGAGGUGGGGGCCGUGGAGGCUUCCAGAACAGAGGCAACUUUAGAGGAGCUCCUGUUCCUCGGGGUGGCUUCAGCCGUCCCCCCCGAGGCUUCCUGCCUCCUCCAGUCUUCAGAGGUGGUUUUCCCAACCGUGGCAACUUCAGCCGGGGUGGCGGCCUCAUGCCCAGCUUGGGUGGCUCCCCUAGAGGUGGUCCGAUUAGGGGUAACAUGGGUCCCAGGGGUGGAGUAAUGAAUAGAGGUGGCCCAAUGAGCAGGGGGAAUAUGAACAGAGGAGUAGGCGGCAGCUCAGGAAGAGGAGGUGGCUCAAACAGGGGUAACUACAACCAGUUUCAGCAGAGGGGUGGAGGUAACCGUGGCAACUACGGCAACAAGAACAGCAACUUUGGCAACAGCAGAAAUGCAGGCAACUAUGGCAACAGGAAUGGCAACUUUGGCAUGGAUAAGGCCCAAGCCUUCAAUCAGAGCUGGCAGCAAGGGUUCUGGAACCAGAAGCCAUGGAGCCAGCAGUACCAGCCCGGCUAUUACUAAGAGACUCUUAUGUUCUUAAGGACUGGUGGCCCGCUCGGUAGAUCCACCACAAGCCACGGAACAUCCCUCCACCCUGCGAUUUUUAUUUUUUGCUUUUGUUUGUUUGUUUUUUCCCUCCCUCCUAGAGCCCACUUUGAGAAAUUUGAAAAACUACCAACUGACGAUGACUACUAUUACUACGUAAGCGAUAUGGAGCAACAACAUUCCACAUAAGAAGAGACGAGGCUAGACGAGUCUCUUUAAAAAGCUUUAUACAUUUGUCCAAGACAUGGGUUCAGUCUCGUUCAGUUUUCUUCUCUGUUGUAUAUUUUAUGUUCUCUUCUCUGCCACUUAUAAAUCACAUGCUUUUAAAAGCAAAGAAUCUGAGGAUUGGAAUAUCGGGAAUGUUUUGCCAGCAUGGCAGAUGUUUGUUUAUCAGGGUUGUGAGUUUAAAAUGUGCUGUGGUUUAUUUUUUAAAUUUUUUAUUACAAAUUGUAAAUAUUUUGUUUUUGCUUAGUUUAAUUUGUAUGAGAAAAUUAAGAAACGGUAAUGGUUUAAAGAAACUUUGCGGUAGCUAAUCUAGUAUUGUUAGAUUGUCAUCACAGCUGAAUUUAAGCAGCAGCUAAAUUUAAGCAAGCAUUUUUGUUUUUGUUGUUGUUGUUUUUUAGUCUUUUUUUUUCCCAUAAUCCAACCUGUAACCUAAAUUUCCAUAGAUUUACAAUAAACAACUCGUUGGCUUUUUUUACAUCUCCUGCCGGCGUAUGACUUUUGAUUAUGCUCAAAGGUGCGUAAAGGACCUUUUGUUAUGGGCUGUGGCCUGGUUUGCUACUUCAAACAUUAAGGACAUUUUCUCCUCUGGUCCACAUUUGGCACUUCAUUAGCCAAAUCACUUCUGUAAUGCACCCCAUCUUUGAUUAAAACUGUUUCAGGUACCUGAAGGUACUCCAGUGCAUAUCGUUUGGAGAAAGCAUUUUGUCCAAGCCAACAUUUUUCUAAGGAUAUGAGUAAGCCAUUUUAGCACAGCGUUAUACCUUUAAUUUGUUUAUUGAUUCAACUUAUUAUUUUUGAUCGGUAUUUUUUAAUCGUAGGGCACUGACUGCUUGAUUCUGAGGUGUGUGGCGGAGAGAAAGUAGUCCCUGCAAUAUUUGAACCCUUGCGGUUAAAGAUUCCUCAAGUGCGGUAGACUUCUGAACAACGGUCUGUUGAAUGUUGCGAUGUAAUUAAAAAGAACACCAAGUGGGACAGGUCCAAAACGUCCGUACGAUAGUAUUUUACAGUGUUGCAUGUACAUUUUCUAUGUUUUUGUAUUGCAAUUUUUUUUAAAUAUAUUUAAUGAAGGGGGUUCAAGAGGCUGGUUGAGCACAUAGCAUCUGCAAUUCAAGACAGUCAGGUUUUUGCAAUGGGGAAACUGGUGGCUCUUUCACCAGCAAGCAAAAGGGCCACACAUUGUGACAAGAGAUUCAUAUUUGGGCACCGUUUAAAAGCUUGAAAUACAUAGGAGGUGAACAGGAAGGUGAGAAGUACAGUUUUCAACUAUGGACAAAGCAUUAACCAUUUUAAUAAAGCACUUCAGAGUACUUGCCAGUGAUUGUGGCCCUGUGUCAAUGGCAGCUCCUCAUUUUAGAGCACAUAUAUCAGCAACAUGCCACAUGCCACCAUCUCUCUCACAAUGGACACCCAAUAAUGGUGUUACUGCAGCUUAUGUUGCAGCAUCAAGAGAAUUAAAAACAUCAGGCUUACUAUGUACAACCAGAGAUCUUGACCAUUUAGAUAGAAGAAGCAAGGGAUGGUGCUUUGUGUGUCUGCUGAGUAUUCUUUCUAAUCUGCUUGUGUUGAUAUUUAAUGAACAUGUACAUAGGUCACUGCUAAUUCAACCAUGCAUGAAUGUUCAUAAACUGACUUCAGGUAACUGUGUUGUGAUUAUGAAAGUGUUAGUUUGCCCGACUACUGGUAUGUGAUGAGCUGUCGAUAUAUGAGAAAUUUUUGGAGUUUCUGCUCUCCCAUUUUAUUGUACUAGAGACAUAAAAUUAGCAUUUUACAGUUGCUUAGUUUGCAGGAUAAUCUAUUGAAAAUGUGGAGUAUAUUUUUAUUGCUUUUUGUUGCAGGUUGAAUAUCGGGUGUUUUAUUAAAACCAACAGUCCAAAAGCUUUUAGACAUUCUAAGAUUUUGUCUUUUCUAUCAGAAAUUGCUUAUUUUUGUUUCAAGUCUGAAUUCUUUUGUUGUCUCGGCAUUAUAAAGUAAAUAAAUCUGUUUUAC